AUGAAUGCUAACCAUCACUGUGUGCUUAGGGAUGUCACAUGAUUAGUUAUGGGACACUGUACUGAGCAUGUAGCUAGGAACAACAUGAAGAUCAAAUUUGCUUUGUUUUGGAGUGUGGCAGUCAGUGUGUGUGCAAGUUUCACCACAGUAAGAGCUGAUUUUGUAUUAACAGUCAAUUUUAUCAACUACACCAACCCAACCGGACUGUGUGCUGAAUGUAGUGUUUCACUGAGUAAUGUAGCAAGUGCUGACCAGCUAGUACCAGUGUGUUGUGAUGAUCUACCACUCAGAAACACCAACUGUGACAACACAGGAGAGGAGAGUUGUGACACCAGGUUCCAUUGGACCAUCAGACCAUUCGCUGCAUCACUGGAGACAAGACCCCCCAAUGUACCCCUUCCUGGCAACCCUCCUAAUUACUUCUUCACAGACUGUUCAACCUCACCCAACUCUGUUUGCCCAUUCCCCCAAGUGAGCACAACAUUCCCCCAAGGCCCACUAGGAUUUCUGGGUGUAGCAGCCAACCCUCUGCCAGUGGUGUCAGGAACAAUGUGGACAGGACAAACACAGUUCUUCAUAGAAGCUGUGGACAGUAGACUCCCGAACAUAAUAGACAGUCUAUUGGUUAACCUGGACAACCUCCAACUUGGAGCAGACUUCACAAAGGAGAUGACGUUCACUGGAUACCACGACGUAUCUCACAUGACCAUGAGUUUCAGAGUCGAGUGCUCACCUGGUUUCUGUGGAUCUAACUGUACCACAAAUGAUCCACAAAUGGCAACAUGUCAAACUGAUGGCACUUUAACUUGCUAUGACAACUUCGACCUUAAUACAAGCUGUACUGAGUGUGUGGUUAACUACGAUCUAACUACCAACUGCACGUCUUGUCUGUUUGGACGAAACAUAUCCACAAGAUGUACCACCUGUCUGUUUGGAUUCACUGGCAGUAACUGUGAACCUGAAUCUUCACUAAGUGUGGGAGUGGUGGGUGGUAUCGCUGGAGGAGUGGGUGGAGUUUUGCUGCUCAUCAUUCUAGUAAUGGCCGUGCUCCUACUUACAGUCCGUACCAGAAAGAAUGGUAACCAAGACAUCAGUACUGCCACUACUACAGAUAAAGAAGUUACAGAAGUUAUGGAAAUGAAUCAAAAUCCCGUGUAUAGUAUGAGUACAACUAAAACACCAACUACGGACUAUGAAGCUAACCACACCCACCAGUACGAGACUGUGGACACACCCAUUAAAAUGAAUCAGAACCCUGUGUACAGUGCAACCAAUGCUACUAAUAUUGAAGCUGACUACUAUGAGAACGAUGGUCUAGGCCCAACAAGAAAUGAGCAGCAACCGGAAUACGAUUAUGUUCAAGUGUGAAACUAUAUCAAACUUAUACAU